UAAAGAACUCGCUCGCUGUGGGUUGUGGCCGACCCCAAUAGUGCUGCUCUGAAUCCGUUGUGGGCCAAGGAAACGCGCAUGCCGCCGCCGCCGCGAUCCUGCGUCGCCUGCAAGAAUUCCAAGACCAAGUGCGACUUUGACCCGCGGAGCGGCAAGAAAUGCACGAGGUGCGCGCGAAUUGGCCUGCGGUGCGAGCAGGCGGUGCCCAUCAAGCAGGGGAGGAGGACGGUGGGUCACGUGGGCGCGAGCAGCGUCGCUGCCGUGGGCGGGCACACCAUACACAGCUACAUUGGCGGCCAACCCACGUGCCACAUCAGCGCCUCGCAAGAGUGCGCGGCGGCGUUGGCGGCGGCGGCGGCGCAUCCGCCACUGAUGCAGCACAGGGCUGGCGGCGGCGGCGGCGCGGUCGGCGCAAUCGGCGCGGAGGUCGCGGUCGGUGCAGUCUGCGCGGAGGUCGCGGACGCGCCGGGCGGGGAGAUCGAGCAGUCCAUCGCGUUCCUCCGCAGCUUCGUGCUCCGGCCAGACGGAGAGGGCUCGCCGGCGCCGGACUCGCUGGUGUUCAUGCUGCGCUUCAACGCGGCGGUCGCGCGGAGCCGCAACUCGUUCGACGCGAUGAGCGGCGUCCUCCGCGCGUGCAGUGCGCUGGGUGUGCCGCUCCGGCACGUCCUCUCCAUGCCCGCGGCGGGGCAGGGGGCGGCAGGACCGCUCGAGCUGCCGGGCGAUGCGCAGGCGAUGCUCCACUGCUCGGCGGGGUACGUGCACGUGCGGCAUUUGCGGGACGGCACGCCGCACCUGCGCUCCAACUUUGCGUGGGAGAGCGCCAUCCUGCCGAUGAGCGAGACGCUCGCCUCCAUCGAGAGCAGCGCCUCGCCCUGCCCGCUCGAGCGCGCGCUGCACCCGGAGGACCGGCCGCUCGCGCUGCAGCUGCUCGUCUCCAUCCCCCUCCUCGCGCCCGGCACCGAGUACUCGCUGCAGCUGCCGGCCCUAGAAGCGGAGCCCGCACUCUCGCACUCCAACAACCACGCUCGAGAGGACACGCACUCAGCCGUACUCGGCCGUACUCCGCUGUACUCACUGCGCGCACCCGCCGCCGGGACAUCCCGCCGUGCAGCGAUCGCCCUCGUCACCCUGCACGGCCUCGAGGAGGGGCCGGUCCGGCCAAAGUUCGAGCGCGUCUCGCGCCGGCUGGUCGACGCGUGGUGCGACUGGUUCCCGGGCGCGCGGGACGUGGUGCUGGAGGCGGAGGCUGGCCGCCCGCCGGGUGGCGGCGGCAGCUUGCUCGACGACUCGGCGUCCCUCGCCGCCCUGGCGGACAAGCUCUUCAGCCUGGUGAUCCUCCCCUCCAUUGGCGACGCCGCGGCGCACGACCUUCUCGACAUGGCGACGCACGGGCAGGCGAGGUCGCGCACCCGCUUCAACGGGCGCAUCCUCGCGGCCAAGGCCGUGGAGACGAGCAUUGCGGGCUGCUACCUCGUCCACUUUAGUAGCGAGGACGCCGCCGCCGCCGACGAGGCGGAGGACGCCGCCGCCGCCGCUGCUGUGGAGGACGCGGGCGCCGCCGCCGCAGCCGCCGCCGCAGCCCCCGCCGCCACCGCCGCCGCUUGGGGCGGCCCCGCCUCCGAGGAAGCCUCGCUUGCACACUGCGCCUCGAUACCGCCCUCGCCGCCCGCGCCCGCAUUCCCAGCGCCGAAGCCGGCCGGCUCCAAGCAGGGCGGCGGCGGCGGCAGGCCGCAGCGGCUCAGCGGCGACGCGCGCCUCGCCGCGCGCCUCAAGCCUGCGGCUUUCGCCAGCCUGCUCGCCCUGUGUGUGGCCGCCGCUGGCAGCGAGGGGCCCGAUCCAGGGCUUCUUUUGGCCGCACAGGUGGGCGAGACCGUUGGGCUGAGGACGCACCUCCUCGUGCGCGCGCACGCCGGCGCCUUCCUGCACUUAUUCCUCUUCAUCGGCGGAAACUUUGCAUACCUCGGCAGCGAGCUCCCGGGGCCGUGCAAGGCGCCCUACCCUCGCGCCCUUCUCACCCUCAAGGCCUUCCGCGUCGCGGCGAUGACGGCCGCCGUCGCCCUCUCGAAGGCUUGGUCCAACGCGCACUUGCCCCUCUCCUUCGCACGUCUGGUGGAGUGGCUGCUGCCGACGCUCUCCGCCGCAAUCGCCGUGUUCGGGAUCGCGUUCGCGUGCCGGAGGGCUUCGCCGUGGGCCGUGGCCCGCUUCGUGCUGUGCAGCGAGGCCGCGGCCCGGGUCGGGAUCCUCGUCGCUUCGCUCCUCCUCUCCUCCGACUCGCACUCGUCGGUCCCCUCCGUGCUGCCCUUCAGCUCUGGAAUCCGCAACGGAAGCUGCGACGUCACCGCCGUCGAGUCACUCCUCUUUUGGUGCCCCGUCUUGGCGCUGGGAACGCGCGUGUGGACGGUGGCCGAGUCUUGUGCGGCCGCGCUCCGGCUGCUGACCUCUCUACUCACAACAGAUGGUCUGCCCGCCACCGCCAUCGCGAAACCCUGCCGAACCCGGCCAAACGCGGCCGCAAGGGCGCGCUCGUGGAACCCUAUUGCACGGUUCUCGUCGCCCUCAAAGAUCCCCGAUCUGGCCUUGGAUUUCCUUCCGAUGGACAGCGAUUGCAUGAUGGCGCGGCCUUAA